AUGAAAACGCGCGCAGUGAUCAGACCCUUGGCGGCGUCCUGUCGGUCCAGACACGGGGUCCUACUCCGCGGGACGGGGUUGAGAUGGGCGAGCGAUACAUGGUCCUCUGGACCACCACAGGAAGUUGGAUCAGAUUCAGUCCAUUUUCCAGGCGCGCUGAAAAGCAGGUUUACGGCUGAAAUGAAAUUCCACAAUCCAGCCGAACAGAACGCGAUGCCAACGUACAGAAUCAUGGAUGCCGACGGCAAGAUUGUCGACAACACCAGAGACCCUCAAUCAGCGUCCGAUGAUGAGAUCGUCACGUGGUACAAAAACAUGCUGACCGUCAGCAUCCUCGAUCUGAUCAUGUUUGACGCUCAACGCCAAGGGCGAACAAGUUUCUACAUGGUCUCUGCCGGCGAGGAAGGGAUAGCUGUGGGGUCCGCCUCCGCACUAUCCGCAGAGGACGUAUGUUUCCUACAGUACCGCGAACAAGGCGUCCUGCUACAAAAAGGGUUCACCAUCAAGGAAAUGAUGAGCCAGCUCUUCGCCAACAAAGAUGACAACGGCAAGGGCCGAAAUAUGCCAGUACACUACGGCAGCGGUAGACUCAACGUGCACACCAUCUCCAGUCCCUUGGCCACGCAGAUUCCCCAGGCUUCCGGAGCAGCAUACGCGCUGAAAAUGCAAAGGCUAAUCAACCCCAAUGUCCCACCAAGGAUUGUCGCGUGCUAUUUCGGCGAAGGAGCCGCUAGCGAGGGAGACUUCCACGCCGCCCUAAACAUCGCCGCCACAAAGUCAUGUCCGAUCGUGUUCGUGUGCCGGAACAACGGUUUCGCUAUAUCCACGGCAAGCAUUGAGCAAUACAAGGGUGACGGCAUCGCCAGUCGAGGCUUGGGAUACGGAAUCGACACAAUCAGAGUAGACGGCAACGACAUCUUUGCCGUGCGAGAGGUCAUGCUCGAGGCCAAGAAGCGUGCUCUCGAGGGCGGUUGCAAGCCCAUUCUCGUGGAAGCUAUGAGUUACCGAGUAAGUCACCACAGUACGAGCGACGACAGUUUCGCGUACAGAGCGAAGAGGGAGGUCGAGGAGUGGAAACGGAGAGACAAUCCUAUCACAAGGUUACGAAAAUGGAUGGAAAAGAAGGGACUUUGGGAUGAAGAUAAAGAGAAGGAAGCGAGAGCGUCGAUACGCAAAGAUGUGCUGCGAGAAUUCUCGGCAGCAGAGAAAGUCAAGAAGCCGGCCUUGAAGGAGAUGUUCACAGAUGUAUACGAGGAAAUCACGCCGGAAGCACAACAACAAAUAAAGCAGUUGAAAGAGCUUAUCGAGAAGUAUCCGAAGGAGUACGAUGUGUCGGUACACGAGGGCGGUAUAAAAGGGUUGAAUUGA